AUGAAGCCGUUCACCGCUUUCGCUUUCUUGGUGCUCUGCACCAUCAACCUCGCUGUGGGCCAGAGAUGCCCGGGCUCCGACUUCUUCCCGGACCAGCGAGGCUGCUGCCCCCUGGUGGUCGGCUCCACCCCGUUCUACGCCGAUGCCCAGGGCUGCUUCCCGCGCUUCAUCGGCGGCAUCGCCUUCUACGCCGACGCCCAGGGCUGCUUCCCGAACUCUGCUGGGGUGUACAGGAGCGCUGGCGAGGUCUGCCCGGCCGACCGCGUGUGCGUGCCCCAGUGCCCGGACAUCGCUAGCGCUGCCCAGCAGGGCGGUGCGCGCCUGUGCGCCAACGGCUUCUUCAGCGAUGUGAAUGGCUGCUGUCCCAGGGUGCUGGUCGACAACCAGCCGUCCUAUCGUGAUGCUCAGGGCUGCUACCCCAUCUCGAUCGCCAGCAUCAUCUUCUACGCUGACGUCGGCCGCUGCUACCCCAACUCCUCGGGCGUGUACCGUGCGGCUGGCGAAGUGUGCCCAGCCAACCAGGUGUGCGUGGUCAGCUGCGAUCGUAACUACGCGUAA